ACACACGUCUGAAGCCGCUAAUUGUAAAUUCUUUUUAAUCAAUUUUAAUUAUGAUCAUUCAUGCAUAAUGUCUUAUUUAAUGCAAUAAUCUGAGAAAGCUUUCCUAGUAAUAUAAGUGUUGCAAAUUAAGUAUUCUCUUCAAGUGCUUUUUUAAGAAUUUUCGAACAUCUAUCAUUAUGUAACUGUGUAUAAUGCACCAUCAGGUUGCGUAAUGUCAACUAUGGAUACUAUAAAUAUCUUGAUUUAAGUUCUCAAUUAUUAUAUAAAUAUAGUAAAAACUUUCUAAGUAUAAUAUGGCUGUUACGUUAAACUCAUAAUCAUUUAUAGCAUAAAAUAUUUUUUGUAUUCUACAUAUUAUGUAUAAAACAAUGAAUUAUUAUUUAUUAAACAUUUAUAUAUUAUAUUUAUAUAAUUUUCCGGAUAAUAUCACGUAUUUUACGUAUGUUAGUUUUUUUCUUUCUUUCUUUUUUUGUCUCUAAAAUCUCCAUUUCUCUUAAACAUUUCCUUUUUUUCAUCGGUCUAAGGAAACGUUGAAAGAUUGUGAACUGCACACACAAAGAAAUACAUAUCAUAGUCUGUAAGACCUUUGCCUUGUAAUAGAGUUCGGAAGCACGUUCACAAAACAUGGAAGGCGAGACAUGAAGGCAGACAGAUACAUAUGUACGAGUUAUCGCAGGUUUUAAGGGAAAUUCGGCCACUUGGCCUUGAGUCGAAAGUACCUCUGUCAAAAAAAUUAAUCUCAGCGUAAAACUUUAUGUGUAUAACAUAUAUAUGUAAAUGUAUCGUUCAGAAUUACAAUAUUUAAAAAAAAGAGUUCUAAUAGUUAAAUGUGAAAUACAUGAUGGUGCAUAUGAAAUAAACUGAAUAUAUAUUUCUGUCACUCCUUUUAACUAUCAAGUGUUUUCUCCUCAAAUGUACGUUCAUAUAAUUGAUAUUCAAAUUCAUAUAUAUUACAAUUUAUAAAAUAUUGUGUUCUUACACACAUAUAUAUUAGUUCCUUUCGUUAUAUCAAUUUCUGGAUACUUACCGGUUCGCUAGUUUACGUUGCCCAGACAUAUACAACGCUGUUAACCUUAUCCUAAGAAAUUAAAAUAAGUUAAUUAUUUUCUAUUAUUCACUGAAUAUUUAUUCUUUGAAAUCAAGAUUUAAGAAUCUUUUGAAUAAAAAAAUUAUCUCGUAAAUGUCUAAUUUCCUUCAACGAAAACUAACUAACGAGCAAGGUAAAACCGAACAAUCGUUAGAACAACCGACAUCUUUGAUUUGACCGGUCAGAAAUUUGUACUUUUACAAAGCAAGAUUCUUGUUAUCAAUUCUUUUCCACGCGUCUGUUCUGCAUAAAAUUUCAUAAAAAACAUAUAAAAUGUACCUUUUCGUGGUAAAAUAUUAUCGUUUUUCCUUAAAAAUCACGACAAAUACAUGAAAUCAAAAUUGCCAGCCACGAAACGUAUCUUCAUCAAACUGCCGCGUGAAGAUAACUGUAUUCAUAAAUCGAAUAUCUUCCAAUCAUAUCGACUUCGAGAAUCGAAUAUCGAUUUCACGAUGUGGACACACAUCGCAUAUGUGUGCGAGCGCGUUUUCUGCACGAGAUUCUUUUCUAGGUUAUACAGUGCAUUCGCUCUACGUAAUGCGUAAAGGCACGUAAUUUUUCGAAUGUUUAACAUAACCCUUCAAAGAGAAAAACAGAUUUGGUCUAGUGUUUUUUAUAACUAUAUCCUUUUGCAAGUACAAAUACAAGAGUAAUUAAACAUUCAAACGUUAGUGCACCCGAAAUGAUGACGCUACGUUUGUUUGACAGCCAGGGCUACUCCACGGUAGACGCCGUACCAAACAUGUGCGUGGAAACCGGCGAAAUGGAGAGCUGCGACUACCUGCGAGACUGCAUUAACAAUUUUGAAAAUAAGGAUUCCAGAAUCAACUUACCGGCUACGUCCAUGGGCACCUUAGCCACCAGCUUGGAAGGCAGCAACUUAGAGGACGUCAAUUUGAUUAAUAUUGAUUUUAAUUUUAUGAAAAUUGAGAACAUGUUUGUACAAAAUACUGAAGAAUCGGAAAACAUAAGGAGCAAGAGAGAAGAGAAGCAGGAAAAAUCGAUGGAUAUCAAUAUUUCAGGAUUGAUUGAAAAUCUUGAUAAGACAAGCCGGAGUUGCAACACAUUUUCGAAUUUUUGGAGGGGAGAAUCAUAUGGUGUAACAAAACUCGUUAACAAUGGUGAAUCUCAUGAUAAUAAUGAAGACGUAGAUCUCAAUGCGAAUAAAGAUAAUUGCACAAGUGAAAAUGUUGCAUCAGAGCUGAAACUAGGAACGAAGAUUGAUAAUCAACUAGCGGAUGAGGUCCAAAAGUGCGAACAAUGCCUCAUGACAUUCAGGUAUAAAAGGCACUUGGAUCGACACCUAGAAGGUCAUCAGAAAAAUAAUUGUCCACAUUGCAAUGAGAAAUUUGCCAGACGAAAGCACCUGGCGGUUCAUUUAUUCCGUGCACACGGAGAAAGGAUGGUCAGGUAUCCACAUUCGUGCGAUGUGUGCACCAAGAGUUUCCCCAAACGUGCACUGUUGAACCGUCACAGGGCGAAACACAGUUACGAGAAUGGCAAGGUGUGCUCGGAAUGCGGGGACAUGAUAAAUAUAUGUGAGAAGGAGCAUAAGGAGAAUCAAUGUAGGAAGAGGCGAUUCACGUGUCAACAAUGUUCGCAAGCGUUCAGCAUCGAGCAGACGUAUUUGUCCCAUAUUCAAAAUCACAAUAAUUAUAAAUGUCCAAAUUGUAACAUCGGUUUUGCAUCGAAACGAAAGGCGCACGAGCACUUGAGGACGGUUCAUACUGCGAAACUGGACGACUCGGACAACUCGACAAACAGCGGUCCAUAUUUUUGUACUGAUUGUAGACAUACAUUCGCCAAGAAGGACGACUAUGUUCAGCACUUGGAGUCCGCGCUACACCUCAGUAAAAUUGACAAUAGGGACAUACCUAUAAGGACUGUAUUCACGUGCAAGAUCUGCUCGAAAAGCUUAGUCACGCAAAGAGCUCUGGAUCAACAUGUCAGGCGAAUACACAGGGGCAAGAAGCACUUUGUGUGUAACGUGUACGAGUGUACGUUUCAAUGCGCCAGAAAAACAGAUCUGAACAGGCACAAGCAACUGCACGUGGAAAAGCGAAACAUCGUGUGCGAGUAUUGUGGCAAGACGUUUACGAGCAUUAGCAUUCUCAAGGAUCAUGUGCUCUACAUUCACAGUAAGGAACGACAAUUCAUCUGCGAAAAAUGCGGCAAAACAUUCAAGAGGAACAGUUUGUUGAAAAGGCAUAAAUUGUCGCACGAGCAGCAUCGACCUUUUGUCUGCACGCACUGUAGCACCGCGUUUAAACGCUCGCAUCAUCUUACUCGUCAUCUGGAAGCUUGUCACAGAAUCACGCUAGAAAGGAAGAAAAAGAUGGUAAAGCUCAUGAAAACAGAAGAUGGCCAUCUUGUGCCAGUGCCAGAGAAAUCGAAAACAUUAAAAUCUCGCAAAGUAGAAACGAUAGAACAAAGUAGAAAAGAGAACAAAGUAGAAAACGAAAUAGCUCUAAACGUGGAGAAAGAUUGUCUACUUAGGAAUAUAGAUGAAAAAGUUGCAAGCGUCGAUUCACAACUACAAAUACAAUCGUCGAGCUCGGAGAACUUGGAAUGCCCGAACGUGUCGUUAGAAUUUACGAAUUUACCUGUCGAUUCCAUUCCGCAAGUUUUCUCCAUAGUGGAUGUAAAUACGGGACAGGUGCUAACAGUGGAAGUCGCCAAUCCGGAAUUGCUAACCAACAACGAGCUUACUGAUCAAUGUGAAACAAAUUGCAGUGAGAUGCUAAACUUACCGUACUAUCAAGAUAUAGAUUUUCAAACUAAUCUUCAAAACGCGGAUGAAACAUAUUAUGAUAAUACAAAUUAUGCAGAGGCAUCAUUAGAGGGUUCCUUGUCGUUUAUGAACAGUAAUAAUAAGUUGGAAACAAUAGAAAGUUAUUUAACCCAUGGAUUUCCACCCUUUCUUAAUAUUUGAAGAUUUAUAAGAUGGAAAAUUUGUGUGUAUGUUGUGUGUUGCAGCUACAUUUCCGCAAAAAAUUUUCAGACUGUUAUUUUCAGAUUGUUAUUUUAUUGCAUAAGUAGAACAUAAGUAGAAAUAACAUUAUUUAUUUUGUUAAUAUUAAUUGUUUUAUCAAAUUUUAUAAAAUAUAUUUUUACGCUACAGAACAUUCUUGUUUUUGAUGUUUAUAGAUGGAUCAAUACUCAUAUCAUAAACCAUUAUUAAAAUGAUAUUUCUUAAAACCUGUUUACAUAUAUGAAAUUGAUACAACUAUAAAUGAUGGACAUAAUCAAAUAAUCAUUUCCUACUUGCCUUUUUCCUUUUCUUAAUAUUUUUUUCAUUAAC